GGAGCGCAGAGCGCGGGCGGGGCCCUGGGCCGGUGGCGGGCGCCGUUCAAACCCGCCGGCCGCGUGGAGCUCGGCUGGGUAGAAGGCGCCGCUGCAGAGCCAGAGCCAGGAGGCACCGGCACCCCGGCCCUGCAGGAGGGGCAGGAGCGCGCUGUGUCCCUUCCAGGGGAAUACACCUGUUGGAUGAACUAAAUGGCUCCAAAAGGCAAAAUAAAAAAAAAGAAAUACAAGUGCUGCCCUUGUUUGUCAUCACCAUCUUUGCAGGAAGAUGCCACUGGAGAGCAGCUUACACAGUUUGAACCAGAUGAAGAAAUUAAACUUUUAUAUCAGUUUGGAAGCUAUCUUGAUUACAUAGAAACUCCCCGAAAAGAUCAUGGCAAAGUGAAAGGCAAAUCCAAAAAGCAUGGAAGAGAAUGGAAGACACAGGAAACCGAAAGGAAAAAUAAGCCUGAUCUUUGCAAUGGAAAGGAAAAUGUGGGUUUGUGUGAAGAAAACACUGCCAAUGACACUGAUCUUAAAAAGAAUAAAAUUCUUAAAAAGAACAAACAUGAUACUAAAGCAAAAAGUCAUUUGGAUUCAACAAAAAAAACCUUUUGCAAUAAGCAAAACUCCUUUGUCCCCUGGCCUUUUGUUGAAAAGAAAGCAAAGAAAAUAAAGCUACUUCAAGAAAACAAAGUAAUUGAUGGCAAUGAAGAGAGGUCUAAAGAGGUAAAUCACAAAAAAUAUUAUAAAAAUUCUAGAAUCGUACAUAAGAGUAAUACUCAAGGCAAACAAAAACAUCUCUGCCUUCCCUCCUCACAUAAUUCUUUUGUAACUGAGAAUGGUAAACAUAAUGAAUUAAGUUGUAGAAAUAGUUCUUGGUCUCAGACAACUUGCAAACGUGAAGGUCUUGAUUCUACUGUGCAUUAUUUUAGUGGUGGAAUCAUAGCAGGUUUUAAAAAGCGCAGGAAAUUGGAUAAGGAAGUCCCUGUUGGCUGUUUACUAGGCUCCAACACUACUGAAAUAAACAGCUGCACUAGUAGUACAGAGCCUCUUUUGUCAUCUAGUCCAGCAGCUCUGGAAAUUAAAACUUAUGACUCAGAAGAUGAAUUCAAUGUGGAAACCCUUAGGGAUAAGGCAGCUUCUCACAUGAACUCAAAAACUGAAGCAAUAUGCAGUAGCACUGAUCUUAGUCAAGAGCUUUUUAUAACCCAGAAGUCUUUUUUACCAGUGCAGAUUCCCAAUAAUAGCAGUACUUGCUUAUCCCUCUACAGUCAAAACCAUGCUAAAGAUGCAAGUGUAGAAAGAAGGUUUAAACAAAAAAUCUCUGCAGAUACUUUGGAGUUUUCUCAGAUGUCUUCAAAUAGAGAAACAUGUGAUGAACACAGUCAGUUUUCUCAGAACGGUUUGACACCAAGUAGGGGUAGAAAGUCAGCUACAAGAGAGUGUGCAAUUCAAACAGAAGACUUUUUCAGCUCUCCAGCACUUGCUUCCUCCUUAAGAAUGAAAGAGAGAUUUCCAGAUUGCCAUGAACAACCACUGGACCUCAGUUUGCCUUACAGAAUAAGGUCAAGUGCUGAGAAUACAGGAAGACUGUCCUUGGGGGGUGCAGGUGAUGGUGUUCAUGUAUCUUCCAAACACACAUUAGAGCCUGUGUGUCAUAUAGAAAAUCAUCCUGCCAGUCCAGUGUUUGAGGAGGAAAGAGAAAAUCAUGUGUUCACUCAAUCUCAAAAAUCAGAUGAGGUGAAAUACAUUCAGAUGCUGCUUAAUUCAUCCUAUUUCUUUAAAGUGAAAGGUGAUUCAGAUAAUAUAGUUUCUAGAACACAGUUAGUGAAGCCAAAGUUAGGAAACAAAAAAAAGAACAGUUGUAGACUGUAGAAGACAGGAGAAAUCCUAGCUGAAGAGGGUAUUAGUCCUACACAUCUGAAUAAAUAGUGUGCCUAUAGACACAUUCUUUAUUUUUUUUUCAGUGAUUUUUAGUUUCAAAGACUGCUUUAUUCAUUAUUUCAAAAGAGCAGAAGAUAUCAGGUAGGCUGGAAAGGAGUACACUUGAAAUUAUAGCAGGUAAAGUUUUAAUUUACUUUACUGAAUUCAGCCUUCACACUGGGCCUUUUCCCCACAAUAACUUGCAUAUACACCAUCUGUGCUGCUUAUCUAUUUUCACCUAUCACCUGUUAAACUACACUCAUGUUGUAGCUUUAACUUUGGACCAAGUAAUCUUGUGUAUUGCGUAUGUUGUGAGAACAUAUCUUCUCAUAAAACUUCAAAGUGAAUAGUUUAACAGGAUCCUCAAAUGAAUCAUAUACUACUCAGUUACUAUGUUGUUCUAUGUUAGGGUUAGCUGUAGUCUAAGUCUGUAAUUUAAAAGAAAGUUGUUUUAUUUCCCCAAAUUUAUACUGCAUAAUUCAAAUAAAUUGGGAAGGUGUUUAAUCAAACAUUACAAAGAAAAAAAUCUGAAUGAUUUUUUUUUAAUGGUGCACCUAUAGCAGCACCUAUAAUGGUGAACAAGAACAGUCAUGAAAAAAGACACAACUGUGUAUCUCCUGGUGAAAGAAUGACACCUUCAGGUCCUGACCUAAUUUAUUGUAGAGUAGGUCAGGUAAUAUUUUUUUUGUUUCCCUUUUCUAGACAUACCUGGAAAUACUGCUGGUUCUGGGUUGCCUCAAUCAAAUGUAGUACUGUUUGGAUUUUUUUGGUGUCUACUUGACUUCAGAUUUGUUGUUUUUAUUCUUACAGUUAAAUCUCCAGGUUUCAGAGAAUGAGAAAUAAAUAUUUAAAAAUUAAAAUUUAUGUAAUAAUCCUCCAGAUGAUAGCAGUAUUAAGAAAAAUAGUUCACUGUGUUAAUUAUUCUUCAUACUGAUGUGGUAGAUUAUAUAUUCUUACCUUCUGCAUACCUAUGUUAUAAUAGUUAAUUAUAAAAAAUGUGUAGUAUUUUGAAAUUAAAUAUUGCCUUUUAUUAAACAAAACUGUUCUUUACUGUGACUGUAGAAGAUAGUAUUUUUUUGAAAGUGACAAAGUGCUCUACAUUUUAAAAUUCAGAACUUAAUUUAUAUACAGGGAAUAUUCCUCAUUGUCCUUUACCCAGCAACCUGAACCUUUUGAUGUCUCUUUUUCUUUUUAGCUACAAAUGUGAACCUGCUUAAAUACUUUAGAGAGUUUCAGUAAAACUUUGCUAAGCUGCUUUUCCUUUACUCUUGCACUUCAUUUUAAACCCCAAAAUGGUUCUUCCUUAAACUCUCAGCAAAAAAU